AUGUCACGAGUGCUCCACAUCCCUGGUAUCGUCUUCCUCCUCUGCGCAUUCGUGCUGCUCUUCCUCGUCUCCAUCUCCCUCCCCUUCCUCACCGCCCUCGACUUCGCACGCGUCAACUUCAAGGACGGCAGCCCCACCGUCGGCUCUGACAGCAACGUUGUCGACCAGAUACGCUUCGGUACCUGGGCGAACUGUUGGUACGAAGCCUCGGGCACCCGCGCCUGCAGCGCCGCCCACAACGCAUAUACCACCACCCUCUAUGAUUCCCAGCGCCAGGGCUUUGUGACCAUCGGUCCCUCCUGGACGCGCGGCCUCGCCGUCCACCCCGUUGCUACGGGUGUGACCUUCGUCGCGCUCCUUCUCUCCUUCUCCACACACGUAACCUUCACGCUCCUCGCCUCCCUCACCGCCUUCCUCGCCGCUACCAUCACGCUCGUCGCGUUCGCGAUCGACAUCGCGCUGUACGUGUUCGUGAAGCACGAAGUCGGCAAGCUCGCCGGCGUGUCCGCCAACACCGACACUGCGCCAGGAUUCUGGCUGACGUUUGUGUCGUUCAUCCUGCUCUGCCUCGCGGGCUGCACGGUGUGCCUCGGGCGCAGGCGCGCCCGCACGGAGGGCGCGACGACGUACAACUACUCGUGGAAGGACCGCUUCCGCCGCCGCAACGCCACCAAGGUCUGAGCGGCUGCCAUACCCCCCAAGGCGUGUUUACCCUUGCGCUUCACCACCCGCGCGUUUUCAUGAUUUCGCGAGGUCGCGACGAGGACCUUUCCGAGCUCUGCGAACCCCUUCUGCUACUACUUACGAGCGUUAGAUUAUACCUAGAGCCGUAUUCUUCUGCGUGUUACAGGAGCAAUUAU